UCUCAUCUGAUCCCUAAGCUAUUUUAGCCCUACCCAUCUCAUUUAAAUUUCUGCCUAAAACAACCAUAUACUAAUAUAUAAUAUAAUAAAGUUCCCAUCAAUACAUCCCUUUUUAAUUUAUAUUCAUUGAGUUCUCAAUUUUUCAUGUCGAUUGAUAGAGGGAAAGAUUUCAGUGUCACCGAGGGCUCGUCUAGAUCCCCGGGCGGGCACGGUCAGCCCCUGACCCCUAGCCGAUACGAGUCCCAAAAGCGUCGGGACUGGAACACGUUCGGGCAGUACCUAAAGAACCACCGGCCGCCGGUGCCGUUGUCGCAGUGCAACAGCCACCACGUGCUGGAGUUCCUGCGGUACCUAGACCAGUUCGGGAAGACUAAGGUUCACUUACAAGGUUGUAUCUUCUACGGGCAACCGGAGCCGCCGGCUCCGUGCACCUGCCCGCUCCGGCAGGCGUGGGGCAGCCUCGACGCCCUCAUCGGCCGGCUCCGCGCCGCCUACGAGGAGAACGGCGGAUCGCCGGAGACCAACCCCUUCGCCAGCGGCGCAAUCCGGGUGUAUCUCCGGGAAGUCAAGGAAUGCCAGGCUAAGGCUCGUGGCAUCCCUUACAAGAAGAAGAAAAAGAAGGCGGCUAGUCCCGGGAAGAGCGACGAGGAUUCCACUACUCACGCUUCCAUUCCUUUCGCGUUUUCUUGAUCCAAACAUACAUAUAUAAAUGGGUUGUAAUAAACUUGCUCCACAUGAUCUUCCCAAGCAUGCAAUAUAUGUAAAGGUAAAGGGAUUGAAUGGACAAAAUUUGUGGCGAUUCAUUCAUCCUUAAUUUGAGCCUUUUUUUUUUCCUUACUGCGAGCUGAGUAUAUAGCAGUAAGCAUAAUUAUAUUGGGAGUGUACGUUUUCCACCCUUUUUUCCUCCAUCCAUUGUUUAACUUGUUAAGGUUGUUAAACUACAUAUAUAUGUCGUACUAUAUCCCCAUCUUCUUGUAUGUAUAACUCCAACAUCAUCGUAUUGUUUACAAGUGAACAAGUGUUUUUUCCGGGCAGUAUAUUGCAUGCAUGGAUGGAUGCCCUGGAUUCCCUUGUUUGCUUUGUGUAUAUUCAAUUCGGAUUAUAUAUAUAUGGUUGUUUGUAAUAAGUUUUUGUCAUAAUAAUAUUAUAUUGUGAGUUUCCUGAUA